CUUCUGACAACCCUCACUACCACUGUACACUGAUAAUUGUCACUAUAUUACCUCCUUAGCAUGGCUGACAGUGGGAAUCUCCUCAGUGGCUCGAUGGACUCCAAAUGGCCUCAUGUACACAUUGGUCUCCCUGUACCAAGCCUCCUCUCCUGAGGAGGAGAAACACCUCACAGUACUGAUCCACCUGGCAGAUUCCGACCUCCCUUGGCUCAAAGAAACCAUUGCCCAUAUUUCAAGACUCUUCAGUCCACAGAUCUUGGCAGGGCAGUUGCUGCUGAUCCAUGCUCCACCUGAUGUCUACCCUGCUGUGGAUGGCACCAGGAAUGAGGCCAAUAGUGGAGGAUUCUACUCCAAGCAGAAUGUGGACCAUGCCUUCCUCAUGAGCUUUGCCACAAAUCUCUCUACUUACUUCCUGCUCAUUGAGGAUAAUGUCUUUUGCUCUCCCAACUUUUUCACCCAAAUUUAUUCACAGGUGACUGCCAUGAAGUUCCAGCAGUGGGUGAUACUGGAGUUCUCUGACAUAGGCUUCCUUGGUAAACUCUUCCACAGCAGGGACCUCCCACUCCUGGCCCAUUUCCUCCUCCUCUUCCACCAGGAGAAACCCCUUGACAAGCUGAUUCUUCAUUUCCGCACCCUUAUGGUCCAGGAGAAAUCAAUCCUCUGCAGACCAUUUCUCUUCUAUUAUAGGAUGUCCCACCCCCGCUUUGAUGACACUCCAAAGGCCAUAUCCGGUCCAAAAAACAACCCUUAUGGUCCUGACAACCCCCCUGCUGCUGUUUUCACAGAUAUGACAGUUUCUAAUGUUCAUUUCCCCUGGGAGGCCUACACUCUGGAUGAGUCCUACUUUUGGACACACGAUGUUAAUGUAGGGGACCACUUGACCGUGAUUUUGAACCGUCCAACGAACCUGAGAAAAGUGCAAGUGAUGACAGGUUCCAUCAUGGAUGGAAAGUAUGCCCUAGGGAAGGGGCAGGUGGAGCUGGGCUACGACCCUGAGGGCAUGCCUCAGUACUGUGCCACCUUCGUUGUGCUGGGCCAUCUUGUGGAGGGACAGCUGUCUCAGGAGAUAUUUCUGAAAAGCAUGGGACACCAAGUGAACUGUGUGAGGCUGGUGGUCAAAGCUAGACAGGAUGGUGGUCUCAUGAUCAGGCACAUCUACCUAUGGGAAGAAAAGGUCAAAAAGGAAAACCUGAUCAGAGAUGGGAUAAAUCAUUAA